AUGGCUGCUCUCCUCAGAUGGGCCAGGACUUCUCUCCGUAGAGCAACGUCUUCACCCCUGCGUUUCCCAUCCACGGGCUUUCAGACCAUCCCGGCAUCCACGAUCCUCGAAGAAGAACGCUUCAACGCGUUCAAACAAGGCCACUACUACCCCGUCAACAUCGGGGAUAUCUUCAACUCGACGUACCAAGUCAUCGGCAAACUAGGAUACGGAACCACCUCUACCGUAUGGCUAGCCCGGGAUCUCAAACAUGACAACUACGUAACACUAAAGAUCUACACCCGGGAUCAAUCCCACACCGAGGAAUUCCAGAUCUACAAACACCUUACUCACAGAAAAUCAUCACAUCCCGGAUAUAAGCAUGUUCGAAAAUCCCUCGAUGCGUUUACUAUUCCCCGUUCCGGGGGAGAUCAUGGCGUGCUAGUCCAGAAACCCAUGUGGGAGAGUUUUCGACAUCUGCUGUAUCAAAAUCCGAGUCGUCGGUUUAGUGAAGAUUUACUGAAAACUGGUCUGAAGCAAGUGUUCCUUGCACUUGAUUAUUUGCAUACUGAAUGCAAGCUUGUGCAUACAGAUAUCAGUAGUGAUAAUAUCCUCCUGGAAAUCGAGGAUAGUGCCAUCCUAGAUGCCUUUACGCGAGAUGAGAUGGAUAAUCCCUCGCCACGGAAAUUAGUUGAUGGGAUGCCGGUAUAUGCUUCUCGGCGCUUCGAUUUGCCUAAAACGUUUGGCCGGGCUGUGCUGAGUGAUUUUGGUUCCGCAGUGCGGGGAGAUGAGAGAAGGAAUCAUGAAUGCGCAGCCGGAUGUUUAUCGAUCGCCGGAAGUCAUAUCUGGGAUCUGUUUGAGGGAAAGCAUAUGUUCUAUGGGAAUGACCCCGAUGGAAAAGGAUAUUCCACCCGCGCGCAUCUCGCGGAGGUUAUUGGGAUGCUGGGGCCACCUCCGUUGGAUUUGUUGCGACGGGGGAAACGGAGUAGCGAGUUCUUUACUGAAGAUGGGAGGAAUAAGGAGAUGUUCUUGGCUUUUAUCAGAGGGAUGCUGCAGUGGCGACCUGAAGAUAGAAAGACAGCGAAGGAGCUGCUCCAGGAUCCAUGGUUAAACCAUGAGGCAGAAUAG